GUUUAUUUCUUUUAUAGCUCUUAAGAAGAAAAAAUGGAUGAAAAACAGAAAGCUGCAAAUUCAUAUUCUCUGUUAAGAAAACUGGAUGAGAGUAAUUCAGCUGGAAAGAAAAAGACUUUUAGUUUAAGCAAAAAAUCAUACAAUGAAAGUAGCUCAUCCAGGUAUGAAGGUGGUUCAUCCAGGUCUACUGAUAGAGGAAAAAAGGAUAAGAAACGACUACCUAAAGAAGAAAUCGACUAUAAUAAACCAGAUCUUUCAUUUGGUGAUAUGUACUGCCAAAUUUGUGAUGCUCAUAUGAACUCAGAUAUGAUGUGGACAGCGCAUAUUCAAGGGAAAAGGCAUCUAAAAAAUAUAAAGAAAGAAUGCCCAGAGAAAAAGUACUUUGAUAUCGAUGAAGACAGUAAACUUCAAGAAGAAAUUGAUACAAUAAAGAGGCCAAUUGUUGGUUUGGAUUAUGUAAUUGAAAUUCAGAAAUGUGAUACAGAAAUUCCUCUUUUCCAGUGUUUUUUAUGCAAUGCAAAUCUUGCUUCUAGUGAAUUAGUAAUCGAGCAUUUACUUGGGAUUAAGCACCGAAUGGCCUACUUAAGUAAACAUAAUCCUGAACAGUUUGAACUGCUUGAAAAAACUAAAUUUAAGAAGAAUUUACUAGAACCUAUUGUUGAAGAAGAGAUAUCUAAACUCGAAAGAAAGCUUGGAAGGGGGAAAAUUGCUGUAAAACUGGCAAAACCCAAACCAGUUGAUCCUUAUAAAAGACCAGCUGUAGAAGAAGAUAGAAUGUCUCCAAAAAGAACAAAGAACGAUUCUGUAACAUUUGGACAUUGGAAACCUUUGGAUUCUGAAAUGAGACAUGAUCAAAUAUAUUAUCCCCAUCCACCAGAGGAGAAGCUGUUGCAUUUUCCUAAAUAUCCAGAAGAACAAAGGGUAACAUCGCUUGAUGACAGUCGUUAUGAUGAUAGAAAACUUAAUGUGGGGAAAACAAAUAAUACAUCAUAUUCUUCUGAACAUAAAUAUGAUCAUAUUCCUUGGAUGGCAGAUGUGGAGAAUCUGAUUCAGUCAAGUAGAAAUAAUCCUUAUUCUUCUGCCUCUCAGAAGAAAAUUGAUCUACAUGAGCUAGAAGUGGCAAAUUUCAUUCAACGUGUUAAUGAAAGAGCAUCAAGGACUGUGGGAGAACGUAUUUAUUCUGGUGAUAGUCCAAAAAUUGAAUAUGAAAAAACCAAAAAGGAAACCAAUCCUCUAGCAGAGUUUCUAAAAGCUCUGUAUUCUCUCCCUUCUCUUCAAUUUUUUGCUAUUGUUAAGACUAAAUUGGAAACAAUAUCCAUAGAAACUAAAGAAGAACUGAAAGCACUAACAAGACUGAAUGAGCAAAUUCAAGCUAUUAUAUUGUCAAGACAAUUGGAUGAACUCGGACCAGAUUUGCAACAAAGUGUGUCUGAACUUCUGAAGUCAAACCCCGCAGCUGCCAUUCCAGGUUGGAAGGAUAUAUUGAAUCAAAUACAGAGAAAUAAUUCAACCAACCUUCAGAAUACAUUUUCAGCUCACAAAGAUGUAUCAAAUUCAGAUAGAUCUGUUGGUUGUGUGGGUGAUGGACGCUAUUCUCAGUCAACUUUAAAAUCACCUAAAAGUCCUUCUUUACCUCCACCUGAAACAUGUAGUACUUAUUCCUUAUUUGGACCUUCAUCAUCUACUUCAAUUCCUGGAUUAUCUUUAUCCGAGGAUCAAUCUAAUAUUUCAUCAGGUUUCACUACUGCUACACGUAGGUCAACAAUGAAUGAUACUUCUUCGGGAACUUACAGUCAUUUUCAGGGUUUUAACUCAUUUAUACCGGGAAACUAUUGGAAUUAAAGGAACUCAUUCUCUGUAAUUCAAGAGACUUUGUAAACAUUAUUUCUUUCAUUUUUUUAUUAGUUUUUAUGAUUUAAUGCUGUGUAUUUAUGAGGAGGUGAAUGGCAGCAGUAAAUUUUUAUUGGAAGACCAGUUUUGUUAUUUUAAGAGUGAAUGGUUUCCUAAGAAUUUUCAUUAUAUGAAAAAUAAAUGUUUUUACUACUUAAA